UUCCCCCUCGGACCCUUACAGCUCGCCACAGUCCUGGGGCGGAGGUUCAGACCCAGCACGGACGCUCCCCAGAAGUCUUCAUGAAGUAGCCAGUUGUGACACCAAACGUCCCUCUAGAUAAACAUGGCGUUCCAUGUGGAAGGACUAAUAGCUAUCAUCGUUUUCUACCUUCUAAUCUUACUGGUUGGAAUAUGGGCUGCCUGGAGAACCAAAAACAGUGGCAGCGCGGAAGAACGCAGUGAAGCCAUAAUAGUUGGUGGCCGAGACAUUGGUCUGCUGGUGGGUGGAUUUACCAUGACAGCCACCUGGGUUGGAGGAGGUUACAUUAACGGGACAGCUGAAGCAGUGUAUGUUCCAGAAUAUGGUCUGGCUUGGGCUCAGGCACCAAUUGGGUACUCUCUGAGUUUGAUUUUAGGUGGUCUCUUCUUUGCAAAACCUAUGCGCUCCAAGGGAUAUGUGACUAUGUUAGACCCAUUUCAACAGAUCUAUGGAAAGCGCAUGGGCGGACUCCUAUUUAUUCCUGCGCUAAUGGGAGAGAUGUUCUGGGCAGCAGCCAUAUUUUCUGCUUUAGGCGCCACCAUCAGUGUAAUCAUCGACGUUGAUGUGCACGCCUCAGUCAUUGUCUCCGCACUCAUUGCCAUCUUGUACACCCUGGUGGGAGGUCUCUACUCAGUAGCCUACACUGAUGUUGUCCAGCUUUUUUGCAUAUUUAUAGGCCUGUGGAUUAGUGUCCCAUUUGCAAUGUCACAUCCUGCAGUUACUGACAUUGGGUACACUGCUGUGCACACCAAAUACCGGGAGCCUUGGCUGGGGACCAUUGAAUCCUAUGAAGUCUAUACUUGGCUUGAUAAUUUUCUGUUGUUGAUGCUGGGUGGAAUUCCAUGGCAGGCUUACUUUCAGCGGGUCUUGUCUUCAUCUUCAGCAACCUAUGCUCAAGUGCUAUCCUUCCUGGCAGCGUUUGGGUGCCUAGUAAUGGCUCUUCCAGCAAUACUCAUUGGAGCUAUUGGAGCAUCAACAGACUGGAACCAAACUACAUAUGGAUAUCCAGAUCCCAAGACUAAAGAAGAAGCAGACAUGAUUUUACCAAUUGUUCUUCAGUACCUGUGUCCUGUGUAUAUUUCUUUCUUCGGUCUUGGUGCAGUUUCUGCUGCUGUUAUGUCAUCAGCAGAUUCUUCUAUCUUGUCAGCAAGUUCGAUGUUUGCUCGGAAUAUCUACCAGCUUUCAUUCAGACAAAAUGCAUCAGACAAGGAAAUCGUUUGGGUUAUGCGAAUCACGGUACUUGUGUUUGGAGCUUCUGCAACAGCCAUGGCCUUGCUCACAAAGACAGUGUAUGGGCUCUGGUAUCUCAGCUCAGAUCUUGUCUACAUCAUCAUCUUUCCACAGCUACUUUCUGUGCUCUUCAUUAAGGGAACCAACACAUACGGAGCAGUGGCAGGUUAUAUUUCUGGUCUUUUCCUACGAAUAACUGGUGGAGAGCCAUAUCUACACCUUCAGCCCUUAAUCUUUUACCCUGGUUACUACUCUGAUAAGAAUGGUAUGUAUUAUCAGAGAUUCCCAUUUAAAACUCUCGCCAUGGUUACCUCAUUCCUAUUCAACAUUUGUAUUUCUUAUCUAGCCAAAUACUUAUUUGAAAGUGGAACCUUGCCACCCAAGUUAGAUGUAUUUGAUGCUGUUGUUGCAAGGCACAGUGAAGAAAACAUGGAUAAGACAAUUCUAGUCAAAAAUGAAAAUAUUAAAUUAGAUGAACUUGCACCUGUGAAACCUCGACAGAGCAUUACUCUCAGUUCAACUUUCACCAAUAAAGAGGCCUUCCUUGACAUCGAUUCCAGUCCAGAAGGCUCUGGAACUGAAGAUAAUCUAUAGUAAUUCCCAUCAAAAGAAUGCAACACAUUCACAAACAGAGCAUUAAUAAUAGCCAGCUAGUAUUGAAAGGAUGGUUUGCUUAAAAUAUAUAAAAUAUAUUUUCAAAAAUUCAAUAGAACAAAAAUCUAAAUGAAAGUGCAAUUUUGCAAAAGCAAAAAUAUUAGUAGACAUCAAUAAAAGUGUUUUUCUCUCAUUGAUAAAUUCUCAUUCUUAUUUGAUUUUGACUCCAUAGUUUUUUCAGCAGCCAAAAAUUAAUCAAAUCUCCAUCAAAAAGACUUAUAAGAUUAUUUAUCUUUAUUAUGUUAAAUGAAAUAUAUAUGAAAGAACCUAGGAAAUAAAUAGUCUUGCUUCAGAUAUUAUUCAAUGCCCUUAAGUAUUGCUUAAAUAUUUCACUAAAGCUAUUUGAAUAAUUUAUCUGUACUUUGAUUAAUGAUGUAAUAAAAUAACCACUUGAUCUUAUUGAUGUGAUGAUAAACAUUACUAUUAAUGUUCCAUAACAUUUACUAGAUUUUUUAUUUUAUUAUUAAUGUAUUAUUCUGAGCACAGGUGAAACAAAUACAAAAUAUAUUGUAUUGCAGUUUUUCUUUUAUGUGAAAUAUAAAAAAAGAACCCAUCUUUGUGAAGUUGUGCUGAAUUCCUUUGAAUAUGUCCAUAUCUGCCAUAAGCAUAAAAUUGAUACAGGCACCUAUGGGCAAAAAAAAAGAUGUUUAUUAGGAAAAUUUCAGCAAUAAAUCUAGAUAAUUAUUAAUCAGAAAGUGACAGGAAGAAUAAUUAAUUUGUGUAUUCAUAUGAUGUGGGUUUGUGUGUGUAUUUGUUUUGUUCUGUUUCAUUUUUUUUUUUUGUGGGCAAGGGCAUACCUCACCAUGCUCAAAGGACCACCUGUCUCAGGGGAUCAUAUAGCAUGCCAGGGAUAGAAUCUGAGUCAACUGCUUGCAAAACAAGUUCCUUACCCAUUGUACUAUUUCUCUUGCAUCUUCAAUAUGAAGUUUUUCCUUCAAAAAAUGUAAUGUUUUUUAUUUACUUAUAAAUUAGUAAAUGAAUUAAAUACAAACUAUUUGAGGUAGUUACAAAGUACCAGUGAAGGUUAAUAGGAGACAAACUGUCACCUUCUCUUGACAAUAAAACUAGAAAGACAAAAACUACUCAAUUUUGGAUAUUCUAGUAUAAAAAGAUUAUCUAGUAUCAAAAAAAAAU